AUGGCCAACGCAACAGCAAAUACCAAUGGCACUGCCUCGCACAAAUUCGAUCCCAACUUCACACACAAUGUCAUUGAGGCAAUGGGACCCAAGACCAGUCCUCGUAUGAGAGAAGUUAUGAGUUGUCUCAUCAAACACGUUCACGACUUUGCGCGAGAAGUAGAACUGACAGUUGAUGAAUGGAUGCUGGGAGUUGAGCUUCUGAACGAAGCCGGAAAGAUGAGCGACCAUAAGAGAAACGAGGGACAAUUAGUUUGCGACGUCAUUGGCUUAGAAUCACUCGUGGACGAAAUCACAUUCAAAAAAGCUGCAGAUGCAGUUGAUGCUCCCACCGCAAGUGCGAUUCUUGGGCCAUUCUUCCGACACGAUGCUCCCGUCUUGGAAAACGAAUCUUCCAUUAUUCAAACGCCAGUUGAGGAUGGUGAGAUAGUAUAUAUGCAUGGAACAGUCACAGAUCAUAAGACCAAGAAGCCUAUAGUUGGCGCUACUGUAGAUGCAUGGCAAGCAUCAACAAAUGGAUUAUAUGAACAACAAGAUGACGAACAAGCGGAACAUAACCUGAGAGGAAAGUUCAAGACUGACGAGAAUGGACAUUAUGGAUUUUAUUGCUUGAAGCCAACCCCAUAUCCCGUUCCAUUUGACGGUCCCGCCGGUAAAAUCCUCCAAUUAUUAGACCGCCAUCCAUUCCGACCAGCCCACAUCCAUUUAAUAGUCCAACACGAAAACUACAAACCUCUCACCACCCAAAUCUUCAACUCACAAGACGAAUACCUUCAAAACGACUCCGUCUUCGCCGUGAAAGAUUCGCUCAUCGUCGAUUUCGUCCCGUUGAACGGUAACCCCAAAGCAUCCCUCGAACUCAAUUAUCCCGUAAUCCUCGCUCCUCAAACCGGAGGAGCAUAG